CAACUUUACAAGGCGAUCAUUAAGUCACAAACAACCUCAAACAAAAUGAAGUACACCACAUCAGUAAUCCUAUUCACCGCAAUGGCUUGCUCUGCGGCCAUGGCCGCCUCCACUGAAUCUGUUUCGUCCUCUGUCAUCAGAUGCAAAUCUUGGGAGGCUGACUGCCGAAUUGGAACGGACUACGAUAAAAGCGAAAAGGAUACGAGCUGCAAACCUAGAAUAGAUUCCACUAUGGCAUGUGUGGAUCUGUGCUGCAAACAGUUAGUUGCACCAACUCCGUCUGCAAAGCCUUCUUCUUUUAUCAAAUGCAAAGAAUGGAAUGGUGAAUGCCGCGUUGGGUCAGAAUACGACAAGAACGAGAAAACCACCAGGUGCAAGAACAGAACUGACUCAACCGAGGCAUGUGUGGAUCUGUGCUGCAAACCGUUAGUUGCUCCAACUCCGUCUGCAAAGCCUUCUUCUUUCGUCAAAUGCAAAGAAUGGAAUGGUGAAUGCCGCGUUGGGUCAGAAUACGACACGAACGAGAAAAACACCAGGUGCAAGGACAGAACUGACUCAACCGAGGCAUGUGUGGACCUGUGCUGCUCGCAAUUUGUCGCACCUGCCCCCUCUGCCAUACCCUCAAUUAUCAUAUGCAAAGAUUGGAAGGGCAAAUGCCGUGUUGGCACCGACUACGAUCAAAAACAGAAAAAUACCCGCUGCAAGGACCGAUCCGACUCCACCAUGGCGUGCGUGGAUGAAUGUUGUACGCACCAGUAAAUUUUUAAUAACGCUAGGCAG